AUGGCCGAGCCACUCACUGCAGCCGUUCUCAUCGUGUCCACCACUGCGGCACUGGACCCGUCAACAGACGCCGCCGGCGCGGUUCUCCGAGAGGUGUUCAAUGUUGAUGGCGCAGGGAAAUGGGCUGUAGCGGAUGAAAAGAUUGUCUCUGACAAUGUCAUUGAUAUACAAAAGCAGAUUAUGCAGUGGACAGAUGGAAUCGACGCACCAAACUUUAUCAUCACAACGGGAGGCACUGGAUUCGCCGUGUCUGAUGCUACCCCGGAGGCAGUCACCGCUUUACUUCACAAGCAAGCUCCCGGUCUAGUUCAUGCCAUGUUGUCCACAUCACUGGCUGUCACUCCCUUUGCCAUGAUGUCUCGCCCUGUUGCGGGUGUGAGAAACAAGACUGUCAUCGCCACGUUGCCGGGAUCUCCGAAAGGUGCCAAGGAGAACCUCCAGGCAAUUAUCAAAACUUUGCCGCAUGCCUGUCUGCAAGCUGCUGGUGCCAACUCAAGACAAUUGCAUUCUGGUGGUACAAGAAAGCUGGAGGAGGAAGCUGGAAUCGCUGGCCAUUCACAUUCUCAUCCACACAGUCAUUCGCACACCCAUGAACAUGAACAUCACGGACACGACCACAGCCACAACCACAGCCAUGGACAUGGACAUGGAAGCCUAGUUCGCCAUACGAAGCCGGGUUCUGAUCCUCUUUCCAAUGACCCAACUCUCGGGCCAACACGUCGCCACCGGGAAUCACCAUAUCCCAUGGUAUCUGUCGAUGAUGCUCUUGCCAUGAUAGAUGAAUUCACGCCGCAACCAGAAGUUGUACACACCAAAGUUGAUCAGUACAUCAUCGGAUCAGUGCUGGCCGAAGAGGUCCAGGCACGCGAAAAUGUUCCCGCUUUCAGAGCCAGCAUCGUUGACGGAUACGCCGUUGUAGCACCAAAAGACGGCAACUUAAAGGGCGUCUUCCCCGUCGUUGGUGUUUCGCAUGCGGCGCCGGGAGAGAUUGCCGCCCUCCAGGAGGGCCAGAUUGCGAGAAUCACAACCGGAGCACCGCUGCCCCCCGGGGCGACUUCCGUCAUCAUGGUCGAAGACACCGUUCUCAAGACCAUGACGGACGAUGGAAAGGAAGAGAAGGAGGUGGAAAUCCAAGCCGAAGGUGUUAGGGAAGGUGAGAAUGUUCGCGAGGUGGGAAGCGACGUCAAGCAAGGCACUACAAUCCUGAGCAAGGGAGAGCAAAUCUCCGGCGUCGGUGGUGAAAUCGGUCUCCUGGCGUCUGUCGGAGUGGCUGAAGCCGCCGUUUACAAACGGCCAGUCAUCGGUAUUUUAUCCACAGGCGACGAGAUUAUCGAGUACAAUCGCCCCGGCGCGCUGAAACUUGGCGAGGUGCGCGACACAAACCGUAUCACACUGAUUUCUGCUGCAAAGGAGUGGGGAUACGAAGUCGUUGAUCUGGGCAUUGCACAAGACCAGUCCAACUCCCUGGAAGAGACUCUGCGCUCCGGCCUGCGACAGGCCGACGUGCUAAUCACCACGGGCGGCGUAUCCAUGGGCGAGCUCGAUCUCCUGAAGCCGACUAUCGAGCGCUCUUUGGGGGGGACGAUUCAUUUCGGCCGCGUUGCGAUGAAGCCCGGCAAGCCAACGACAUUUGCGACCGUCCCAGUCAAGGACAAUGCUGGCCAGCGCGUGUCCAAGGUCAUCUUUUCGCUCCCUGGCAACCCCGCCUCGGCGCUGGUCACCUUUCACCUCUUUGUCCUGCCGUCGCUGCACAAGCAGUCUGGCAUCUACCCAGUUGGUCUUCCAAGAGUGCCCGUCAUCUUGGGACAUGACUUUUAUAUGGAUCCCCGUCCCGAGUACCACCGCGCCGUGUUGACCGUCGGACCUGAUGGCCAGCUAACAGCAAACAGCACUGGUGGACAGAGAAGCUCGCGGGUUGGCAGCCUGCGCUCCGCGAAUGCAUUGAUAUGCAUGCCAAGCGGCAAAGGAAAGAUGGAAAAGGGCUCCAAGGCUCAUGCCCUCUUGAUGAAUGCAGUCAGGAGUUCAUAG